UUUACUGCGCUCCAACACAAAAACAAACGCAGAACAAUAAACCAUCGACAUCGCUGCGUUUAACGCAAUUUUUUUUUAAUUAUACGAAUUUUUUUGUUUCUUUCAAAGAUAAUUUAUUUAGUGCAAUAUGCAAGCGUCCGUAUUGCUGAUUACAACUGUGAUAUUCGUUAUAAUGGCCAGCCAGGCACCUCUGGCAAAUGCGGCACUGCGACGUUGCUACCAAUGCAGGUCGCGUGGCGAACUGGGGAGCUGCAAGGAUCCGUUUAGCUUCAAUGCCACCGACGUGGAGCGCGAACCCGGCCUCUCAGCCAUUCCCUGCGCCAGUGGCUGGUGUGGCAAGGUGAUAGAAGGCGGCGGUACCUACGCCCUCGAUGAUUACGAUCUGGCCAUUCAACGCAUGUGCGUGCAACGUGGCCCCGAUGAUAACAUGGAUCGCUGCGCCGACACAAUCUACAACCACAAGAAAGUCUUCAUGUGCUUCUGCCAAGGGGAUCUCUGCAAUGCCGCUGCUUCGCCUUGGCCUCAGUUCCUCAGCCAACAAUUGUUCGUCUGGAUAGCGACUGUUUUGUUAAGCACACAAUUGGUGCGCUUUUAUUUGUAAUUGCUAAAAGGAAAAUAAAAAUGUAACGACUCCAAUCAAAGAUACAAAAAAAGUAAACUAACUUAGAUUGAAGAGGAAAAUAUGCUGCUUAGCCUCCUCUAAAUUCAGUUCCUGUCUUUACUUCUCCUCCUACUUAUGUUCAAUAUAGUCUCCACCUCUUGCUUCUCUCCUUGUAUCUCAUCCUUCAAAACGAAAGCACUUCAGCGUCCAAAUCACAUUUUAUUAAUUAACUUCCAUUGAGCUUUGGACCAUAAUCGACUACAACUGAACUAUAAAAUAAUUUGCAUAUGCUGCUUAUUGACCAGAUUAGUUCCCUUAUCGAAAUUAUUACUUU